CGGAAGGAAGAUUUCUCUGUCAAAGCAGGAGAAAACAGACCGGGGAAAGCGUCCGUUUGAUGUGCUCUGUCAGAUUUUGAUUAAUAAUGGCUUCAGUGCGAGUAGCCGUCCGAGUCCGUCCGUUGAACAAAAGAGAGAAGCAGCUAUCGUCCAAGGUGAUCAUUCACAUGAAGGGGAACUCUACAACUAUUCACAAGCCGUCACCUGUUCGAGGGGACGAGCUGAAGGGCAAAGGGAAGACCUUCUCCUAUGACUUCUCAUAUGAUUCAGCCGACAGAGGAAGACCCACAUUCAUAUCCCAGGAGAGGAUUUUUCAGGAUUUGGGCUCUGAUGUCCUGAAGGCUGCAUUUGAGGGUUUUAAUGCCUGUGUUUUUGCCUACGGCCAAACGGGCUCAGGAAAAUCGUACACCAUGAUGGGUCAUGCAGAAGAUAAAGGUCUGAUCCCACGGAUCUGUGAAGGCCUGUUCUCCGAGAUAUCUCGUAGAGGAAAGAGUGAUGCCGUGUCAUUCCGCACAGAGGUCAGCUAUUUAGAGAUCUACAAUGAACGUGUGCAGGACCUUCUCAAGAGGAAAAGUACACCCACAGAUGGAGGCUUGAGAGUGAGGGAGCACCCCAGAGACGGACCCUAUGUAGAGAAUCUGUCCAAGCACUUGGCACACAACCACAGAGACAUGGAGGACCUGAUCACUCUCGGUAAUGCCAACCGCACUACAGCCAGCACCGGCAUGAAUGACCUCAGCAGCCGCUCUCAUGCCAUUUUCACCAUCAGCUUCACACAGGCGUAUUUUGAUGCGGAGUUGCCACGUGAGACACUGAGUAAGAUCCACCUGGUGGACCUGGCAGGCAGCGAGAGAGCCGAUGCCACGCACGCCACAGGCACCAGGCUGAAGGAAGGUUCCAACAUCAACAAAUCCCUGGUCACCCUGGGCAGUGUGAUCUCAGCUCUGGCUGACCUUAGCGUGGGAGGACUGUCAACAAAAAAGAAGAAGCAGCUCUUCAUUCCUUACAGAGACUCUGUGCUGACAUGGCUGCUGAAAGACAGCCUGGGUGGAAACUCUGUCACUACUAUGAUAGCAACAAUCUCUCCUGCUGAUGUGAACUACGGGGAGACCCUGAGCACUUUGCGCUACGCCAGCCGAGCUAAAAACAUAGUGAACUCUCCGACGGUGAACGAAGACGACAGCGUGAAGGUGAUCAGAGAGCUGCAGGCAGAGGUUACCAGGCUCCGAGGGCUACUAGAAGAAGCCAGUCAGGUUUCCCGUGGGGAGCCAUCUUCCUCAGUGAAGGUAGAGGAGGAGCUGCAUCAGAAUGAGGCAAGGGUCCAAGCGCUGACCAAGGAGUGGACCAACAAAUGGGGCGAGACUCAGAGUGUUUUGCAGGAGGAGGCUUUGGCUCUGAGGAAGAAAGGGAGCGGAGUGGUCCUGGACUGUCAGUUACCUCAUCUGAUAGGCAUUGAUGAAGACCUGCUCAGCACUGGAGUUGUCCUGUAUUAUUUGAAAGAGGGCAGAACCCUGAUCGGGAGUGACGAAGCAUCGUGCAGUCAGGAUAUUGUGCUUCAUGGGCCAGGGCUCCUCAGCGAACAUUGUGUGCUGGAGAACCGUGCUGGGACCGUGACUCUGAUCCCUCAGGAUGGCGCACUGUGUUCAGUCAAUGGCUCUGUGGUAACUGAUCCCUGCCAGCUGACUCAGGGUGCCAUCACUCAGCUAGGAAGAGGAACCAUACUUCGGUUUAACCACCCAACUGAAGCUGCCCAGCUCAGGGAGGAACGCCAGAGCCGGCUGCUGUCUGCCUUCAGCCUGCCCUUGACUGACAUGUCCAAAUCUACUGCAAAUCUGUCCAAGGUGAUGCUGCAAAACCCAGGGACGGAAUUGAAGCUUAACCAGCAGGAGGUGGAAUGGCAGCAGGUCCAAGAAAACCUGAACAGACGCAACCGGGACAUCAAAAGACUUUCAAAGGAAAACAGCGGGACUCCCCAUCAACACAGAGAAGAGAAGACAAUGGGGGCAGAGAUGGAAGAGACUGGCAAUGGCCAGAUGGAUACGCUUGCAGAGACAGCUGAGUCCAGAGUGCCAGGCAGCUGUCUUACCUCUGCCACAAUAGAGACGCUCAUGACUACAGCCAUACCUGGAAAAUAUCCUGUCCGUCACAUUAGUUUUGAGUUGGAUGGAGAGACUCUGCAGGGUGGGAUAAGCACCAGGGAUGGCCAGGAGCAGGAGAGGGACCCGUGUCAUAAAUCAGGGCCGGGGCUCAUGUCUGAGAGGCCGCGAAGGAGAGCUCAGAGUGGGGCUGGAGCUGCAAGUUAUAAGGGAGGGGAGGUUUGGUCAGGGGAUGCCAGCCUCCAGCAGACAAGUGUCCUGGGCCCAGGUGAUGGAUGUGGCACGAAGCCAGAGGGGGAUGCUAACGAGAUCAAAGGCGUCAUGUUAGACUGCUACGAGGAGAGACCUGGCUCUGGUGGGAGCUCAUUAGGCAGCAUGUCCCACCUGCAGAGCUGUAGAGGAACUCACUCCACGCCCGUCCUCCCACAGACCAGCACUCCUUCCCCACUCGACAGAAAGCCUCUCAGCAGUCAAGCAGCCUGCUGUCCGCCUGAGGGAACUGCCUUCGAGGGCCAGUUUGGCUGUGGAGAGAUGGAUGAAUCUGGAGGUUUGGAGGAAAUCCCAAGAGUGUGUAUGAUGGAGACGGCAGCAGCCACAGAUCAAAACUCAGGACUGGGCUCCUUGGUCAGCAGAGUUUCCUGGGUUGUCCAGGAUGCAGGGCGUCUCCUUUGGAGCUCUCCGACAUUAAUCCAGCAAGUCAGGGAAGAGGGACUACAGCAUGUUGGGGCCCGCUGGUCCAGUCAUGUUGUGUCUCUGGUCAGGGAAAGUGAAGUUCUGUCGAUAGUAAAGGACAGCCAUGUCUUCUCCAUGGUUAAAGGGAGCUUUGUCUUCUCUCUGUUGAAGGACAGUCACAUGUUUUCAAUGGUGAAAGAGCUACCUCUCAUGCAGCACAUCCAGAUGGAGAUAACACAAAAUCUCCAACCUGAGGAGGCAGCUCAGAUUAUUCAGGGCUGCAUUAAUCCUAACACCACACAGCUACGAGUCCUGACACCAACACAAAACUUUAGCAAGGCAGAAUGGCCAGAUGACAUACCACCAAUCCCAGAAGAUGCCUUGCCAAGGUGUAUGAGUAUUGAGAAUUUCGGGUUGCUGCAAGAGCAAGACAUGGCUGAUAUUCCUUUAAAACAAGGAGACAAACUGAUUACAGAGCUGUCACCAGUGAAACACAUCAUCGAGUCAGAGGGUGCCCGUGCACCUGGGGACAAAGAUCAGGCAUAUGAGGACUCAAGGACUUCCAUCAACAAAAAGGAUGUCCAAAUCUUUAGUCAAACAUUGAUAGAAUUUCCCGAUUCCCUUUUGAAACUACAAACUCUGCCUUUGCAAGACAUGAUGGACGCGUUAAAGUCUGUCAUCUCCACCUCUGUGCCGAACUCCCACAAUAUUGUAGCUCUCUAUUGGCUGAAUGUUGCUAAAUGCAGCCAAGCUGAGCCCUGUCCUGCCCUCCUGAUCCUUGCAGAGACUGGCCUCUAUACCCUAACCACUGACUCUGGGCUCCUGGUUUUGUUCCAUCACCUCCCCUGGCUGCAGCUGAAAGAGGUGCAGGUAGGUUUCGCAGGCCACAAUCUGCGUUUGAUAGGCACUACAGAGGAGAGCAUCCUGGGGGUCUACACCUUCAGCCAGAAGCUUACCAAAGAGCUUUGCUGGGCCAUACUUGGUGUCAUCUGCCCACGGGACAAGAGGGUCUCUCAGCACCCACUGCUCCAUGGAGACUUGAUGACGUUGUCUUUAGACUGGCAGGCUUGUGUGCCGGACCUGCUGCUGGAUGCUGGUUUAAGGUUUUGCUGCCAGUUUCAGAAAAGUCUUGCUGAUCUGGUUUACCUUCUUCAUUCUAAUAUGGAUCAGGAAACGAUAACUCUGGGAGAGGUGCAGUUACUAAUGUACACAGGUGUAAGGGUGUGCAUCAGCUCCAGUACCCGCACUGAGACUCUGGCCCAACUUCUACUCACUGAUACCCACCUUGGCCUGGUGCAUGAGGAUGCUGUCUUUCACCCAACCUCACGCUCCGUCACCACAGCAAACUGCCGUUCCCAAUUCAAUGACUUAACUCUCUAUCGGCGCUCAGAUGUGCGCUGCGUGCUGCUGCAUGAUGAAGACGAGCACCGGGCUGUCAGACUAGAUGUAAUCCUAGCAAAUGUGAGGGGCAGGGGUCACCCUGAAAGCGUGACUAAGGCAGCUACCCCGCCUGCACAAGCUUCAAAUUCAUCUCCGCAUGCAGAAGUGUGGAAAUUAACUUUCAGUUGCUCCUCUGAGGCCGCCUGCCUGAUUAAUCACUUGUCAAAUGUCUGAUCAAGGACUGAGCAGCCAGUAAUGAACGGCCCAGCUUGAAAACUCUCACUCACAGGGAGCAAAAGUGCAUCCCAACCUGACGAUGCAAAGGACAGCUUCACUGGUAAAUGACAGUGAAAACUAUGACCCAUUUUGAAGUUUCUGUUUUCAUUUGUUUUUCUAGAAGUUUUUGUCAUUUUAUUAUUGCAUGGCUUUCAUACUUUUAUCUUAAAAACCCUUGAAUUUCUUUGUUCUUGCAUUGUCAUUGCUCUUAACAACUAGCCUCCCAUUAUUAUUGUGUCAAAGUGGUUGUCAGCUUAAUGUGGGAUGUUUGAAAUAAUUAGGGGUUGAAGGUUCAACAUUGAGGAUUAGAAACAUGUUUGUACCAAUUUCAGUUGUUUCAUGGGCAUUGUCAUAUUUUAAAAUGAUUUUAGAUUACCAAUGUAAUCAAAUUAUUUCACUGUCAUUGUUCAUUUAAUAGUAUAUGUAUGUCAAGUUGUCGCCA